AUGGCUACUGGGCUGCUUCACAUGCAAACAGCGCGUAUGCAGGGAUCAACUAGUGCGGCUUGGCUUGUCCUCAGCCUACUCCUUAACACUUUCGCUCCCGCUACAAACUCCAUCAUUACUGUCCAAGGCAAGACUCGACCGCGCACAGCACAUAGCUACGAUGGCGCUCAACAGCGCAAGCACCAAGAAAAACGCACUGCCCUGCUCGACCUUCCCGCAGAUCUCCUACUUGAGAUUUUCGAUCAACUCGAGCUGCGCGAGGUUGACAGGCUUCGACUUAACUGUCCGAAAGACAGGUUAUCAUGUAUCGAGUUCACGCUGGGCUUCAACUACAAGCAUGACGAAAUCGAAAUCGCGCCAAAUCGAGACCAGAGCCUUGUCGACGCUCAAAAUCAGCAGCUCACGGUGAUCAAGCAAGGAGGACAGGACAUCGUCGAAUCCAUCGACUAUCAAAAGCUCCGCGCCUGUCUGGGGCAUCUCAAACAUACCUCCUGUGAGAUCCUGAUGGAGUUCGGGAAUUGGUCACACAUGUGGUCCGAUGCCGAACAGCCAAAGGCCCUCGAGAUCGCCCACGAGCUACUGUACAUCAUCGUCUGCUCGAAUCUCCCGCUCGUGAAGUUGAACAUUCGCAAUUUGCCUUACGAUGAACAGACUCUGAAUACCAUCUCGCGCGGCUGCUUCAACCUGCAGGAUGCCUUCAAGAACCUGCGCUGCAUCGAUUACAGCUUGGAUCCAUGGACUAUCGACUGGGACCAAGACGAUAUCGAGAAAACUUUGCGUGACACAGCAGGUGUUUUGAAGGCUUUCGAAAGCGCCACCAACCUGGAAAUGAUGCGACUCGUAUCGUUCAACCACAAUGACAUCGACAUUGCGCCCAUCACCGCUAAAUUCCUGAGAGCGAACUCAUCACCAUCGCUUCGGUCACUGUUCUUGGAACAGGUUGAAUGCAAAACCGCCGACCUGAUUGCCGCGAUUCGGAAAUGCGCUGCGAUAGUUCGCCAGCUGGGAUUGGUGCGCGUUGAUCUUGAUCGCUCCGCAACUCGACUUCAGUUGCUUCAGACAAUCCAAGACUGCCCCGUUCUCUGCCAUUUGGUCAUCUUCAGGGAACCCGUGCUUCCUCCGAACCAAGGUACAUACCAAACCUUCCUGCUGGAGCACUACAAGGGCAACGGAUCUCUUGGAGCCGCGGCCACUUGCCGGGGAUAUAUCUAUUGGGAAACAAAUGAAGAGGUGCGGAAGAUUGUGGACUUCAAUAUUGCAAAUGCUCAAAAGCUGAGCGACCCACAUUGA